AUGAAGUUCUUGGUAUUGGCAUGUACACUCGCGACCGCAUCUGCAGCCCUCAAGGGCUACAGUUUGCCACAAACUUCCGGGUCAGCGCAAAGUACCGGCAGUGGAGCAGCUGGUAUUAGUGGACAUGUGUCCGGUGGUGGAUUCUCGACCAUUGCAAGUGGAGGCACAUCCUCUGGUUUUGGACAUGUAGGCGGAAGUGGUAUUUCCACUGGAGCUGGACAGGUCGGAAUUGGACAUACCAUAGGAAGUGGAAUUUCUACACCGAUUGGACAAGUCGUCGUGAGUGGAAAUGUAGCUGGCGUUGGCCCUCUAGCAGGUGCCGGGGUUGGAAUUAUAGAACAAUGUGGAGAGGGACAAGUUCGACAUGUGGAUGGAUCUUGUGUUGAACCAGUUGUUAAUCGGAGAGUUUAUGUGUUUGACGUGCCUGAACAGCCACAACAAGCUGGUCCUUCACCAAUUCUUCCUCCUCCUAGAGUUGAUCAUAACAUUCUCUUCGUGCGCCUUCCUGAAGAUGGAGAAGGACCUGAGCCAAUCGUCGUUCCUCCACCCAGACAGGAAAACAUCAUUUAUGUCCUCAAUAAGAAGGAUGACCAAGCACAGCGUGUUAUCGAAGUACCUGCCCAUCCCCCAAAAGCGCCUGAGAUCUACUUCGUCAAUUACGAAGAAGGAGAUAAUCCAACUCUUCCUAGCGGUGUGGAUCUGCAUACUGCUCUUGGAACCGCAGCUGCAACUGGUGGUCAAGUGCUAGGAGUUAGUGGAGGUGCUGGUGUUAGUGGUGGAUUCAGUGGAGUGACAGGAGGAGCUACAACAGCUGGAACCAACGGAUUCGGAAUUGCUGGCAGUGGAGGUGUUAGUGGAAUUGCUGUAUCUAACACAGGAUCUGGAUUGAACUUCCAGGUUGGCAGCGGCAUUGCUGGGUUCCAAGCAGGAACUGUAAUUGGCAACACCCCCGUAGGCCUAUACUCUACCCCUUAA